UUUAGGUGCAUUAGAUAUUAAAUAAAAAUAUAUCUGAAAACUAGAACUAUUUUCCACCAGUGUAGUUCAUGUUAGAAAGUACACAUCAAUUUUAGUCAACAAUUGUUUAAUUAAAAUGAACACAAAAUUGCUUUAGACAAGAAAAUGCAAUUUUGAGGUUAUGUGCAUCUGUGGUUGCAAAAGUUGAUUCAGGUUUGUUUUAACACUGAAACGUCUAAACCAAUUAAUUGUAAAAUUUUAGAUAAAUUAAAAUGUCGUUUUUGGAAUCCUCUAAAACAUCUGGAAUUUCGAAAAAUCUGGACAGUUCUCACGGUUGUGAUUUUUGCCCAUACUCCACAACCUCGUUUUGUCUUAUGAAAGACCACGUCAGACGCUAUCAUGUAUUAUCGCCACCGUUUAACUGUGAACACACCAAUCUUGAAUGUUACAAGUGCAAGAACUGCCACUUCCAGACAGAAUUGCUCCUUCUUUUCAAACAACAUGUUGAUCAAUGCGGUAGUUUCAAAAAAGAAAAGGAAGACAAUUUUUCAUGUGAAGAAUACACCAUACAAAACUAUAUUUGCGAAGAGUGUAAUUUUGAAACACAUUUUGUGGUUAAAUGGAUUCAACACAUUGCAUUUUGUUUAAAAAACAUGGGAAAACCGCCAACAAUAAGUGAAACUGGUGACAAAAGUGCGUCUGUGUGGUAUAGCUGUGAUCAGUGUGAACUCAAGUAUAAAUGUAAAAGAUCUUUAAACAUACACAAAAUUUCAAAACACUUGAGUGACAAUGAAAUACUUUGGUAUUACUGUGCAGAGUGUUCAUAUAGAGCCAAGCUAAAGGGUAAUUUAAAGUUUCAUAUAAACAUGCGGCACAUGCAUGAAGAUGCUGUUAAAUGGUACCAAUGCCAAAAGUGUCCAUAUAAAACUAGAAAAGCUUUCAAUUUACAAAAACACCAACCUGUGCAUCAUAAAAUACAAAGUAUUAAAUGGCAUGAAUGCCAAAACUGCUCAUUUAAAACCAAGUUUAAGACAGUUUUAAAUAGACACAUAAACGCUGACCACCCAGAAAAAACGACUUUAAAGUGGUAUGAAUGCAAAAAAUGUGCAUUUAAAAGUAAAUACAGCGGCAGUUUAAAAAGUCACACAAGUGUGCACCAUUCAGAUAAAAAGGAUGUUAAAUGGUAUGAGUGCAAACUUUGCUCAUACCGAACCAUAUAUGCAACGUCACUACGGAAUCACAACACUGCGCACCAUGUGGACGAUAAGGAUAUUAAAUGGUAUGAGUGCAAAACAUGCCAAUUUAAAAGUAAACGCAAAGGGGUUCUAAAGCAGCACGUAGAAACACUUCACUCAAAUGAAGCGAACACAAAAUGGCACGAGUGCAGUAAAUGCGGAUUCAAAACUAAAUACAAAUCGAAUUUAGUGGUACACAUAAAUGCUCACCACUUGGAUGCACAAGAUAUUAAAUGGCACGAAUGCGAAAAGUGCCCAUACAAAGCUAAACUUAAAUCUAGCUUAAAAAGUCACGUGAAUGUUUGGCACUUGGAUGACGAAAACGCUAAAUGGCAUGAAUGCGAAUUGUGCCCGUACAAAGCUAAACAUAAAUCUAGCUUGAAACUGCACGUGAAUGUUCGGCACUUGGAUGAACAGAAUGCCAAAUGGUAUGAAUGCGAAAAAUGUCCUUAUAAAGCUAAACGUAGAGCGUUGUUAAAUCAACACGUAAACGUGCACCAUUUAGACAAAAAAGAUGUUAAAUGGUACGAGUGCAAACUUUGUCCAUUUAGAACCUUAUAUAGAACGUCAUUACGGAAUCACAACAAAGCGCGCCAUUUGGGCAAUAAGGACGUUAAAUGGUACGAAUGCGAAGACUGUGCAUACAAGUGUAAGCGAAAAUCGGCUCUAAAGAAGCACUGCAGUAAAUGUGAAUUCAGAACUAAACGUAUUUAGAUCGAAUUUAAUUACACACGUAAAUGGACACCAUUAA